AUGAACGUGUUGGAUUCUAAUCUCGAGGCUCUUGCUGUCAAUUACUUGAGCUUCGGAUUGUUCACGACAACUUGGGUCGCCGUUUUGACCGCCGCCAUUAGCUUCUGGAGGCUCAGACCCAGAGCCGCCGCCGCCGCCACCAGCAGUGCCAUCUCUUCUUCUUCAUCUUCUUCAUUGAGUUUCCGCUCACAACCUGCCGUUUCCGACCUCAGCUUGCAUGGGUCGUCGCCGGUCUCCGAGAUAACGCAGUCAGAUGCGGCGGCGAAAAAGGUGGACCCGCCAUGCUCUGUUCCAUCAUUGGCUAAUUUCGAUGACGGCAGAGUGCAGCUGACAAAGGGUUCGAAGUUUGCGGUGUACUUUGAGGAUAGUAGCGUUGAGAGUGACGUUGACCUGGCCGCGACCUCAUCGCUUAUGGCGGAGGAGGAUGAGACGGAAUGGAGCGGCAGCGAUGAGGUGGUGGUGGCUAAUUGGUGGGAGGAUGUGUUGAGGUUGAGAACGGGGGAGAUGGGUUGGUACAGGUUCCAGGACUUGACGGAGCUAAACGGUAACGUCGUUAGAUUAUGGGAUGAUUGA